AUGCUGUCCAACGCCCUCACGCCGCUAGCGGCGCUCAACGCCCACAUGAUGACGCCCGUGCACCCGACAGCCUACCCGUUCCCGUGGGCCACGACGCUCCACGCCCUCCGCGUCUCUCUCGCCUACCGUGGAAUCUGCAAGGGCUUCAAGGCCCGUCGCAGGGCACAGGGCAAGAAGGACGACGAGCUUCAAGUCGGCAUGCUUCGCGAGGCCGCCGGAUUCCUGGUCAUGGCCUGGGGCGGUAGCUUCCUCUCCAACUACAUCCUCACACAGAUCCCCGGCCAGCUGAUUAGCGUGCAGCCGUGGCUCAACUACCUCUCGGUGCACUAUGCCGUCGGGUUCCUCCUCACCCUCUUCCCCGCCCCCUCUGCCCGCCUCCUCGACCUGUGCCUGCCCGUCCUGGACGGAGCCACGCGGACCGCCGCAACGCUGGGCGGCAUCAAUCUGGUCCUCAACCACGUCAACCCGGCCGUCCGUUCCUCGUGGCUCCUCCAGGUGCUCAUCGCCACCAUCUCGGCGUCCGGAGGCGGAAUCUCGGCCUUUACCCUCAACGUCUUUGACCCCGUCGGAUGGAGCUUCUCUACGCCCCCCUUCCUCACGUUUUCGCGCCUGGUCGAGUUUACCGACAUCCUGGCGCCCAUGAUCGCCGCCCUCGCCUUUGGCGUCGUCACACAGUCCCACCCGGCCUAUACCAACCUCGUCCAGUCUUCGAGCCUCACCUCGCUCCUCGGCGUGCACGGCGCAAAGAUGUCGGCCCCCGCCUUCUCGCCCGACCGCGCCAGGGCGCUCGUCACCCUCAUCAUCGCCACCUGCUUCUGGGCAAAGGCCAUGGUCACCCACCUCUUGGCCCCCGUCACCCCGCCCGCUUCCGCAUCGACCAGCGUCAAGAAGAUCGCCGCCCCUGCCAGGUCGAGCGGCAGCAGGGCCAGCACCCCGUCCACGCCUUCCACCAGGAGCAGGAAGGCCGCCAACAAGGUCGAGGCCUGA